CAACGAUCUGUAUAUGUGAGCAAUAAGGGAUACUUACCUUUACUUUACAACUUUUGGCAUAUCCGCCUCCAUUAUAGUUUACUGCUGAGAAUACAUUGCGGAUAUAUAAUAAGUGCCGGAAACCCGAGGCCACCGCAGCACAAAAGGAACGAGUAUCGUUUGGUAGUGCUUUAAAAUUGAUCAUGUCUGAGGAAAAGCACACUAAUUCGAUUGAGCCUGUCGGCACCAUGCCUAUCCCCACUAUCAUUCCUGAAAGUACUACCAUAGAGAAGGUCAUAACAGAAAUUAAGUCUGAGGUUGUAGAUAAGACGAAUGUAGCUGAAAGUACUACCGUAGAGAAGACCAUGAAAGAAGUUAAAUCUGAGGUUGUAGACAAGAUGAAUGUGGAUUUUGCGGAUGUGAAAGACGAAGCUCCAGUGUCUUCGGCUAAUGUCGAGUCCGUUGAAAUUCUUUCAGGCCAUGAAGCUGAAGCAGUAUUUGCUGUCGAAACAGUAAAGAGUGAGAUCGGGGUCGGUAUCAAGCCAAGUGAUGCGACCGAAGAUAGUUUCAAGAACGAUGCGGAUGUGUCGGAGUCGGCAAGUAUGGUAGUUGAAGCUGCCCCUAUUAGCGACACUAGUGUAAUCGCACCAGUGACAGUUAAAUUUGAGACUACAGUGCAAAACAUUGCACUGGAAAGUGUAUCUGAAAACAACCCGGCAGAAAUUGGCUCAAUUGUUGCAGCAGAAGUAGCGUCAGAUAGUAUACCGAUGAAGAUUGCAGCAGAGAUCAAAACAGAAGCCAUUUCGACUGACACCCCGAUGGAGACUGUAUCAGAGAUCAAAGCAGAAGCCAUUUCUACUGACACACCGAUGGACGUUGAUAGCGCCGCCAGUAUCUCAUCAAUUAAGGUAAAACCUGCACAAAACAGUGAAUGUCUUGCAGCUAAGACUACCUCUGCGACUAGUGAAACACCGACUGCCCUAGCUAGCGAUGGUGCGACUGAGGUUGUUGCACCUAACUGCUUGACCGAGAAUGAUGCAGAUGAUAGUUUAAAUGUUCCAACAAAGGACACUGACGGCACUACUCAAACACCAGGCAAGGAGAAACCGGUACAAGAAACGUUGAAGCGUGGAGACGAAGGCUUCACAUCGGAGAUAUAUCGAAUCAAAGUGGAUAGCCUGCCUAAGUUUACAAGCGUGGCGGCGUUUAAAAAGAAACUGGGACAACUAGGCCUCAAACCUAUCAAAGUAUCCGUCCAGGGUACCAAGCAAUAUCCGUAUUCCUUCGUCACGUUUGAGAACGAGGAUAACAAACAGAAGGCGCUGAAAGUGUUGAACGAUACGACUUGGAAGAAUAACAAUAUCUACGCCAUACACGCAGCGCCUAAGAAGGGCACACAGUUGGUGGGUGAGAAGAGACCGGGAGAUAGGUCUACCGAGAACGAUCAGAGAGCCAAACGACCGAAAAGUACACUACCACUACACGAACAAAUUAACGACAAGGUGGCCGCGUAUUGGAGAUAUCCAUACGACCAACAACUAUUGAAGAAAGAUGGUAUAGUGAAGUCCGUGAUGAACGAUUGGAAGAGAGACCUACGCAAAGCGGGUGUGGACUGGGUGAAUGCGUCUCCGUUAUGUCCCGUUGAGUCUAUAAUCCCCUCCAAAGUAAUUAAAGGGUACAGAAAUAAAUGCGAAUUCUCGCUAGGGCAAUCGGCCGAGGGUGAGGUGCAUGUGGGGUUCUUAUUGGGAAGAAGCGCUGACGGUACGAAUGUUGUACGGCCCACGGAGUGUCCCUUGGUGUCUGAGGGCAUGAAGGCCGUGUGUCUACACUUUGAGAAGUUCAUCACAGAGAUGUCCAAACUUCCCAUUUAUAACACGCAGGAACGCACCGGACACUGGCGCCUUCUGCUUGUGCGCGAGACGCAUGCUGGCGAGAUCAUGAUUGUGGCCCAGAUGCACCCUCAGAAACUUUCCACGACCGAGAUAACGGAACAGGGCAAACUUCUCGGCGUACAUUUCUCAGAGAACUUUCCGGAAGGAAAUGUGAAGUCUAUAUCACUACAAUGCUAUGAAGGGAUUUCGCAUGGAUUCGGUUCGGACAUUCAGUUGGUACACGGGCCUCCGGUACUAGAAGAGACACUGAUGGGUCUCAAAUUUGAUAUAUCCCCAACGUCAUUCUUUCAGGUUAACUACGGCGGUGCGGAGAAUUUGUAUUCACUGAUCCGUCAAUGGGCAGGUGAGACUAAAAAAUUAGGUGCAGGAGCCAAGAGUGCGAAGGAGCGUGAUGGAAAGGCGAAAUUAUAUGACAUGGGGGUACAUCACGAUGGCAAUGCGCAAACUGAUAUCAAGGCUGAGAAGGACGGGUCGAAAGACGCGAGCAAGGAUUCCGUUUUACGAAGUGUGAAUGUAUUGGAUGUAUGUUGUGGCACGGGGACUAUAGGCAUGCUGAUGGCGCCAGUCGCGAAUAAGGUUUUUGGAGUGGACAUUGUCGAAUCUGCGAUCGAGGAUGCGAAGAAAAAUGCCUUGAAAAAUGAGAUGAAGAACAUCGAGUUUGUAUGUGGUAAGGCCGAGGACACCCUGGGCAAGCUUGUGAACACAGCGCUAUUGGAGAAUAUGGGUCUCAUGGGCAUCCUAGACCCACCGCGUGCUGGAUUACAUAAGGACGUUGUGAAGGUCAUACGUGCAACUCCCCAGAUUGAUCGACUUGUGUACGUGGCUUGCGAUGCUCGACAGUCAUUGCCGACUUUGACCAGUCUGUGCCGACCUACAAGCAACAACUACAUUGGGCUCCCCUUCCGACCAAUGAGAGUGGCGGCGGCUGACUUAUUCCCAAAUACGCCGAACUUCGAAUUUAUCGUGCUCUUAGAACGAGAAUCUACAAAUUAA